CUUAGUUUCCCGCUUGCCACCGAAUCCAUUAUUUACUGCUUCAUUGAUGGAGAUCAUGAGUGGAUUGGUAUCGUAUAUUCCCAGGAAUAGAUGUCCCGGAGGGUCUUCUGUACGAAUGGUGGUUGAUAUUCUAUGAGGCGUUCAUGGCAAGCCAGCCAAAUAACAGGAGUUUCUCUGGAAGUUCUCCCACAAUGAUGAUGACCUUUCCCCAGGAGACAACUGCUUCUCUGACCAGACAGCCUAUGAUGAAUGAGGAAAUGACAAGGGACUCAGCAAUUGAUACUAAUACUGGAUUGAUCUUCGGCGACAAUUUUAUGUGGUCAAAAGAAUGGCCUUCAAUGAAAGCUGAUCAUCUCCCCCAAAAUCUCAUGCCUUUGACCUAUCAACAGAAUCCAUCGACCUUUUCCUCAACUUUGAAUCCUGUGGUUGUGACUGAUGAUCUAAUCCCACAAGGAGGACCACAUCUCAUGCCUCCAGGAUUGGAGAAUCAUAUCUUAAGUUCUCGGAAAAGUGAAGAUCAUAAGAAAAUCAUAGUACUUUCACGAUUAGCAGAGAGCAGCAAAAAGAGAAAAGCUUCAUCAGAAGGAAACUCCGACAUGCCAGGGUUCUUUUUACUACAUUCAGAAAAUACUGUAGACAAUCCUUCUGAUAUGAGUGCUGAAGCAAAUUCUUCUGAUGUUAAUGAUAUAAAUGGUGAAGCAAAUAUUUCUUCUAGCGCCUCAAAAAAAUGUUCUUCAGCUUCGGAUGCAUCCAAAGGUACAUUCUAUUCCAGGCCGCCAAAGGAAAGAGUUGUAGUUGGAAGCAACUGCUCUUGGUAUACUCGCGUGCACGGGCAUGCAAGUCAAUGUGUCUAUAGAUAAACCUCCUGUUGUGCAUUAGUUGAUUCCCCCUUCUUUGUUCUCUUCUCUUCAUUGUGACGUAGUUUUUCUAACAUGUAUAUCGUUUUUAGUAACUAGUUUCCUUAAAUGGAAUAUGUCGAUAGCAGUAAAAAUUUCGCGUGAGUUGUUGCUGAUAUGAAUAUGCUCUUUCUCAGUCACCCUCCUCUAUCUAUUUAGCUUGGGGGAUUGGUAUCUUAUGCACAUGAUAAAUGAGUCGUUUUUGUAACAAGUGCUAAAGCAGUUAUAUUUUGACUAAUUCUAGCAUAACAAAUCCAUAGGGCAGUCUAACAUAUAAGCUCAUGCUCAAGUUUCACCUUUCUUAUAGGAACUUACCAAUUCUUGCAGUAACAUGCAUCUGCAGCAACAUAUUAUUGUGUGCUUUAGGUUUGAUUUUGGCAAUCUGGUUGCAGAUAUUGUAAGUCCUUGAAUCAAGAUGGAACCAGUAGGACAUACAUUCAAGUUCAUGGCUGGUUAAUAUUUUCCUCAUAUGCUGAAAGAGUUGCUUAUGCUGCCAUCUGAAGUUUGUGAAGUUACUCAAGCAGUGCUUGGUUUAUCUUAUAUAAUAUAGACAUGUUUUGUUUUUUGCUUAUAUGCACAGUGGCUUUUUCUGGAGGUUGUCCUUUAAUUUGCUUUAAUUUGUGAUGUGAUGACAAAAAUUAGGUAAAGCAAAUCAGUAAUUGGAUAUAAUUAAAUCUCACUUCUUUCUGCCACUUAAGAAGGAAAAAAGAAUUGACAGGAGGAGAGGCAGUGGUAGGAUUAAAUGCUAAUUCUGACUACUUCUGCACUUCCUUUAAAAGUUGGCAGUGAUGGGGAUUCCAGGAAGUUGGAAUGACCCUUUUAUCUCCAAGCUAGAACUUUCAUUUUGUGCUUUCUUUCUCUCCAACCAGGAAUAUUGUGAUUGAAGCAGAUCACUCUUAAAAGAGUUGCUUCCCUAUUCUGGUUGGCUAGCAUGUCUGAAGUUACAGAACUUGCUGCUAUAUCAAGACAAUUACUUGAGCUAUUCUUUGCUAUUUUUGUGGUUUGUGACACUUUUCUUUAAAGCAAAUACUGGACAGAAGUACAAAGAUCAUUGGUUUAGAAACGUCACAUGACAACUAAUUUUGAAAAUUUUUGUAGUUUCUUGGCUAAACCAAUGAAGGAAGAAAAGCAAGUAAAAUAACGUCAGCUUAGGAAAAAUGCAGGAAUCCUAAUCUAUUUUCUUCUAUUACUGCCCACCUGAUCUUAUGCCUUUAAUUCUGAAAUGUGAACUAUGUAGCUUGUUCAAUCGCUCUCGAUCGGAGCAAGCUUUGCCGAAUUUUGAAAGGGAAAGGUGGAGAAGAGCUCAGCAAUUGUCUCGUAGAUUGUGAUUCAAGAUUCUAAUUUCAUUUAAGAGGACAUUUGUAUGCUUUUGUCUUAUUCAAAUACCUUAAUUAGAAGUGGGGUUCCUCCUAAGAACACUUCAUAGUUGAAUUCAUCUAAUUUUUUUAUGGAGGGAGGUGGCUCUCUGUAUUUAUAGUUUCUUGCAAUUCAGUCUGGGCCAUUGUUGACAUGCCAGUGGCAUUUCUCUCUCUUUUCAUAAAGCUGGUCAAUGUUUAAUUAGUAGACAAAACUCCGAAGAUUGCUAAAUGUUCUAGCGAAUCAAUUGUCUUGUCUUUUAUUUUUUUAAUAGCAAUUUGUCUCGCCAUCUGUUAAGAGGUCUGCUUUUGUCCACAUCUAUGAAACUCCAUGAAGGGUAAGGGUUGAUAUCAUCCUGCUUAAUUGUUAGUGGGGAGUAGCAAUCCAGAACCUUCAUGUUUUUGAGUCAGGAGAGCUGAUAUUGAGGAGGAAAUGGACCUAGAUGUGAACCAGGAACUUCUUUAUUUCUUGUCCAUUCUAGGUGUUGUAGUGUUUCGUGCUAUCAAAGACGCUCAUAAUAUCUUUGUUGUUCAGUUGAUGGAUAACUUAUGUGGUAAUACGCUUGUGGAAAAGGAAUCUCCACAUAGAAUCUUAUAAAGAAUAUACCUUUGGAAGCACUGGAAGCUGAAGAAUAAUAUCCGUUUCAAGUGCUAGAAGAAACACUCGUUUCAGCAUUCUGGGCGUUAACAUGGAAAAGAUCCUCCGUUUACAGAGUUUCCGAAUGUAGUACACAGAAACAUGGUACACUGGAGCUUCCUUUUGACGAAGAAUUUACUUUAAGGAGCAUGGAGUUAGAUUUUUUGGUUGGGGCACUAACAUUCAUGGCUCCUUUGAAGCACUCUUUCCCUUUCCCUCCAAUGCCGUGCACUGUGGGAGGUCAUUAUUGGCAAAUAUAUCAGUCAAUUUCUCUCUGGAAAAUUGAGUGUAUCCAAGCUCUCUCUCGAGCCCUCAGGUGUCAGGAGUCUGGAAGUUGGCAAGCAGAGAUAUAGGGUGCUCCACUUGGCUCUACCGGUUUGAUAUUAAUAUAAGACCUGGUAUCGUUCUCCAAUACACCAGAAAUGAUCUACCGGAAUCACAAUUUGUGGAUUCACUUGAAGUGUUAUGGGAAGAGCCAACGUCACAUUCCAUUUGUAGUAUUUUCUACUAAUUAUCUGGUCCUCCAUACUCUGAGUAAUAAGCAACAAGAUUAACUCUUCAUUUCACUUUUUAAAUGAUGCAUAACAUUCAGAAACUUACAUUUAAACACUGAAACACCUCGAAGAACAUAAUUUGCAGUACAUUUUCAGAAUAGUAAAAGCUCAUAAGCAAGUUGAAAUAACUGCAUAAAGCACUGGGCUUGUUUGAAGUCAUAACAACAUCGUUGCUCUCUUCUCAAUUAUCACUUCUUUUUGGUUUAUCGGAGUGAAAUGUCACCUGAAACAAAAGGCAUGAUCUGAGUCAGAAAUAAUGUCAAAAGCUACUGUUGGUAUUUAUCGAAUUUCAUGCAGAUAUGCUCGCCUACACUGUCAGAAGCAGCUGGAAUCCACUCAUUUGUUGCUGGGUUCCCCUUGCAAGAGGCAUGAUGUAUGGUGGAGGUUUCCGAGUCAAGAUUGAAGCCCUCGCCUUUGGUGUUCUCCACUGUUAUAAAGCCUGUCCCAGUCUGGCAUGUGCUCAGAUAGUUAGAAGGUACUCACUGAUCAUCUCGCACUACCAGUCUACUUCUCAACUAAUACCCUAGAGAACCAUUAAAAGAUAUUUGCCAAUCUAUUAAUUUGUGAAAAACCAUUAAAAGAUAUUUGUAGGCUUAGUGAAAUAUCAUUUUGACAAGGUAAAAUAAGGGCAUAAAUUAAAAUAUUGCAGAGCUUAAUUUGAUAUGUGCUUUGACAAAUGUUCAUACCCUGUGGUGUUGCUUGUCAACGCAGUUGAGAUCCUUGUAAUAUUCAGUCUCCAUGAAGUCCUCCUUCGCUUCGCAUGCACUGUAGACAAGUUUCUGUUUUUGGAAGACAGGCAAAAUGCGUUUAUUUGUUGAAGGAGAUCAAACCCAAGGCACAGUUAUUAAAAGUAAUGGUGCAAAUUUGUUGGAUGUGCUCUUAUGUCCUUAUUCUCUAUAUCUACUAGAAGAUAGCAUAAAUGUAACAGCCUAAUCUGUCACUUUAUUGCCUUUAAUUUGAGCAGACAAUGAAGCACGUGACUGUGGUUUUUGGCUUGCGCAUAACUAUUUCCCUUUCUUUUGAAGCAUUCUUUCUUUGUUGGUACUUUUCGGUUAGAUCUCAACACUUGAUGCAGUUCGAAAAGGCAAUCCAAGUGAACCGAUUGGAACCAUUUUGCUGCUUAGGUACAGUAAGAUGAAAGAAUUAUGUUUUGCUACCUGAAACAAGAAAGAACAAGAGAGAAAAUGUAUCUCAAAUGACCCUUGUACUAUGAUGCUGUAAUUUCCUCGACUGCCUUGUUUCCCUAUGCUUUUACCGCAAGUCGUGGUUGCUUACGAAGCCAAAGGGCAAUAUGAUCAUUCAAACACAAUACAAGUCUACUUUGUAUGUUCCACAGUAAUAAGUCUGAUACAAAUGAAGGCAGAGCGAGGAAGAACCGAAACCUGAGGAUCAUUCUCAAGGCGCUGGAACUGCACGAAUUCCGGGAUAUCGCCAUCGGUGGACAGGACGUCGACAUAAUUGGAGGAGUACUCGCUCCGCUGGGGCUUCGUAUGCCGCUUGGGAGCAACACCGUCGAAGUACUCCUUGGUUUUCUCCUCGAUCAUGGCCUCUUCCUCCUUGGACAAGUGAACGUCGCUCCUGUUAGGCCUCCCGCAGCACUCCAUUUCUCUUUCCCCGCUUUGCCCGAAAUCUGUGUGUGUAUAAGUUCAAGAGAAUAGCCUGAUCUGGGGGGAAUUUAAAGGCCGGCCGUUCAUAGAGCAGAUAUUAGGAAUGCAGAUAUUUCUGCUUUGCCGUUCCAGGUCCAGGAUGCAAAGUCGCGUACGUUGGGACCACCGGAGUAGAACUUUUCUACAAAAUAUCUAGAUGCCUGCAUCAGGUUUUGGAUAAACAUCGAUAGGUGGCGGUGGGGCUCUUCCGCGGUUAAAUCACGUGCUGGUCGACGCAUGAGUCGUACGACAUUUCGCUGUGGGACUUAAUGCUCCAGACCAAUUCGCAGAGCUGGAUGGCUGAUCCGCCAUUUAUUACGGGCAACCAAAAGCUGUUCGAAAAUGAUCGGUAACGGGAGUGGUUUCGACCGAGCAUUACCGCGGGCCUGGGAGAUGCAAGGCCAAAUCAAAUCAUUGACUCCGUCCCGCCGGGAGUCACUUCAAAAUCUAGGGGCCAUCCGUUCGUCGGUUUCUGGCAGACCUUGUGACUCCUAUUCCAAAUAUUUUUGUUUGGAACCGUUAAUCGAACCCCAUUUCUUUUCUUUUUUUUUAAAUUUCAAUUCUUAUAAUAAAGUAGAAAAGUUGUACCGUUUCACUACCAUGUAUAUAUUAGUCAAGUGACCAUGUUGCUUCUUCGUGUUAAA